AUGGCUAGGGUUUUGGCUCUGUCUUCAACAAAUAAUAUUCCUUGUGUGGUUGGUGGGCUAGUUAGGACUGCUCAAUCUAAAGAAUUGGGUGGAAAAAAGAGUAGUAGAGUGAAGAUGAUGUGUACUUCUUCACUAGUAGGAGGAGCACUUGCUUUGAGAAUGAGGUGCAUGAGUAGUAGUAGCACUAGUACUGCUUCUAGUUUCUCAGGACUCCUCGGAAGGGAGGGGGCUAGAAGUGGAAGAGCUAGCAGAUGUGUACCUAAAGCCAUGUUUGAGCGGUUCACAGACAAAGCAAUUAAAGUGGUUCUGCUUGCACAAGAGGAAUCAAGACGACUUGGUCACAAUUUCGUGGGCACUGAGCAGAUCCUUUUGGGUCUCAUUGGUGAAGGAACUGGUCUUCCUUCCAAGGUUCUGAAAUCCUCCAUGGGAAUUAAUCUUAAAGAGGCACGAAUUCAAGUGGAGAAGAUAAUUGGAAGGGGUUCUGGAUUUGUUGCUAUUGAGAUCCCAUUCACUUCUCGUGCCAAACGAGUUUUGGAACUCUCACUCGAAGAGGCUCGCCAACUUGGCCAUAACUACAUUGGAUCCGAACACUUGCUUCUGGGACUGCUUCGAGAGGGGGAGGGUGUAGCAGCAGUUGUUCUAGCGAAUUCUGGUGUCGAUCCUUGUAAUAUUCGCACACAGGUUAUCCAUAUGGUGGGCAGUGAGAACACAGCAGAAGCUGUUGUUGAUCAUAGGCGAGGGGAUGAUAAGACUAAAAUGCCAACACUAGAGGAGUAUGGGACCAAUUUAACGAAGCUAGCAGAAGAGGGUAAGUUGGAUCCUGUUGUUGGAAGAGAACAACAAAUAUCACGUGUCAUCCAAAUUUUGGGUAGGCGGACUAAGAAUAAUCCCUGCCUUAUUGGAGAACCUGGUGUUGGGAAGACUGCAAUUGCGGAAGGUCUUGCUCAACGUAUUGCAAGUGGCGAUGCUCCAGAAACAAUAGCCAAAAAGACGGUUAUAACUCUUGAUACAGGUCUUCUUGUGUCUGGUACCAAGUACCGCGGAGAGUUUGAGGGAAGAUUGAAGUUGCUAAUGGAGGAAUUAAAAAAAAGUGGUGGUGAAGUUAUUCUGUUUAUCGAUGAGGUGCACACUUUAAUUGGAGCAGGAGCAGCAGAAGGAGCAAUUGAUGCUGCAAAUUUAUUGAAGCCGGCCCUUGCAAGAGGUGAACUGCAGUGCAUUGGAGCCACAACACUAGAUGAAUACAGAAAGCAUAUUGAAAAAGACCCAGCAUUGGAAAGACGAUUCCAACCAGUCAAAGUUCCUGAACCAACGGUGGAUGAAACCAUACAGGUUUUGAGAGGGCUUCGAGAACGAUAUGAGAUUCACCACAAAGUGCAGUAUACUGAUGAGGCCCUGAAAGCAGCUGCGCAGCUAUCAUACCAAUACAUCAGCGAUCGCUUUCUUCCUGAUAAAGCAAUUGACUUGCUCGAUGAAGCUGGUUCUACAGUACGGCUCCGUCAUGCACAGCUUCCUGAAGAAGCUCAAGAGCUUGACAAUAUUCUGAGGCAGAUAACAAAAGAGAAGAAUGAAGCUAGUCGUAGCCAAGAUUUUGAGAAGGCUGGGAAAUUACGCGACAGAGAAUUGGACCUUAUGACACAGAUCUCAGCAGUAACAGAGAAAGGCAAGGAGAUAAGUGAGGCAUUGGAUUAUGUUAAUGGUGGCCCUAUUGUUACUGAAUUGGAUAUUCAACAUAUUUUGUCUUGUUGGACUGGUAUUCCAGUUGAGAAAGUAUCAACAAAUGAAUCUGAUCGCCUCCUCAAGAUGGAAGAGACGCUCCAUAAGCGGGUUAUUGGCCAGGAUGAAGCAGUCAGGGCUAUUAGCAGGGCUAUUCGUCGAGCUCGUGUUGGACUGAAGACUCCUAAUCGGCCAAUUGCCAGUUUCAUCUUUUCUGGUCCAACUGGUGUUGGAAAAUCUGAGCUGGCAAAAACUUUGGCGACUUGCUAUUUUGGCUCUGAAGAAUCAAUGGUGAGGCUUGAUAUGAGUGAGUUCAUGGAAAGGCACACUGUUUCCAAGCUCAUUGGUUCCCCCCCUGGUUAUGUUGGUUACACAGAGGGCGGUCAGCUGGUUGAAGCCGUUCGUCGCCAUCCAUACACUCUGGUGCUUUUUGAUGAGAUUGAGAAGGCUCAUCCUGAUGUUUUCAACUUGAUGCUUCAAAUACUUGAGGAUGGAAGAUUGACUGACAGCAAGGGCAGAACUGUACAUUUCAAGAAUACACUCAUCAUUAUGACGUCUAAUGUUGGAAGCAGUGUCAUUGAGAAAGGAGGCGGUAACAUGGGAUUUGACCCGGCCAAGGAUGAAGACAAGGAUAGCAGUUACAAACAAAUUAAGAGCUUGGUGAUGGAGGAAUUGAAACACUACUUUCGACCAGAGUUCUUAAAUAGGUUGGAUGAAAUGAUUGUUUUUCGGCAGCUGAGUAAGUUGGAGGUAAAGGAAAUUGCAGAUAUAAUGCUGAACGAGGUUUAUGGAAGGCUCAAGUCCAAAGAGAUAGAGCUUCGUGUGACAGAGAGGUUCAAAGACAAAGUGGUUGACGAAGGAUACGACCCAAGCUAUGGAGCAAGGCCUUUAAGAAGAGCCGUAAUGAGACUUUUGGAGGACAGCAUGGCUGAAAAGAUGCUGGCAAGGUAGAUCAAAGAGGGUGAUUCAGUUAUUGUGGAUGUUGAUUCUGAUGGGAAUGUGAUUGUGCUCAUCAAUGGCAGCGCUAAGACAGAGAUAAAGAAAUAGGUGAGUGAAACAAGUG